UGAAGAAAGGGAAUCUGGCCGCCAUCCUUCUUGUGCUGCAGGGUUUGGUUCUGUCUACAGCCGAUCAACAUGGUCCAACUAGUGGGUUCCCUUCGAAAAGAGCUGGCCGACUCCCUUUCCACCUGCAAGGUGCUGGUGGUGGGAGCGGGAGGAAUUGGCUGCGAACUGCUGAAAAACCUCGUUCUCACCGGCUUCAAAAACAUCGAAGUGAUUGACUUGGACACAAUCGAUGUCAGCAACUUGAACCGUCAAUUCCUUUUCCAGAAGAAGCAUGUUGGCAAAUCUAAAGCAAAGGUGGCCCAGGAGAGCGCCUUGCAGUUUUGUCCCUCUGCAAAUAUCACAGCAUACCAUGACAGCAUCAUGAACCCUGACUACAACGUGGAGUUCUUCAGAAAAUUUGUGCUAGUGAUGAAUGCUCUGGAUAACAGAGCUGCCCGUAACCAUGUGAACAGGAUGUGUUUGGCAGCAGACAUCCCUCUGAUAGAGAGUGGCACUGCAGGUUACCUGGGACAAGUUACUAUUAUCAAGAAGGGAAUGACGGAAUGUUAUGAGUGCCAACCUAAGCCGACCCAGAAGACUUUCCCAGGAUGCACCAUAAGAAACACACCUUCAGAGCCCAUUCAUUGUAUUGUCUGGGCCAAGUAUCUCUUCAAUCAGCUAUUUGGAGAAGAAGAUGCAGAUCAAGAGGUGUCUCCUGAUACAGCAGACCCCGAGGCAGCAUGGAAUCCUGAAGAUACAGCUGCUCGUGCCACAGCCUCAGAAAAGGAUGGAGACAUCAAGCGAAUCUCCACCAAGGAAUGGGCUCGCUCCACAGAUUAUGACCCUGUCAAACUCUUCAACAAGCUAUUCAAAGAUGACAUUAUGUACUUGCUGACCAUGGACAAACUUUGGAAGAAGAGGAAAGCCCCUACUCCUCUGGACUGGCAGCAGCUGGAGAACUCUGCUUGUCCUCAAGAGGAAUCUCCAGUUUCAGGUUUAAAGGACCAGCAGAUUCUAGGUGUUUGGGGUCACUGCCAGCUGUUUCAGCACAGCGUAGAGACCCUCCGCCAACAGCUGCAUGAGAAGGGAGAAGGAGCAGAGCUAGUGUGGGACAAGGAUGACCCUCCAGCCAUGGACUUUGUCACCGCAGCAGCAAACCUGCGUAUGCACAUCUUCAGUAUGAACAUGAAAAGCCGUUUUGAUGUUAAGUCCAUGGCAGGUAAUAUCAUUCCGGCAAUUGCGACAACCAAUGCCAUCAUAGCAGGUCUUAUUGUGCUAGAGGCUCUUAAGAUCCUCUCUGGGGAAUUGGAUACCUGUCGCACGAUCUUCCUGAACAAGUGUCCCAAUCUUCGAAAGAAGCUCCUGGUCCCAUGUGUUCUUGACCCACCCAGCAAUAACUGCUAUGUCUGUGCCAGCAAACCUGAAGUCACUGUCAAACUCAAUGUCCACAAAACCAUAGUCCUGUCCCUGCAGGAGAGGAUACUGAAGGAGAGAUUUGGCAUGGUGGCUCCAGAUGUCCAGAUAGAGGAUGGAAAAGGGACCAUUCUUAUCUCCUCAGAAGAAGGAGAGACUGAAGCCAACAAUAGCAAAUUUCUCUCUGAUUUUGGGAUCCGUAAUGGCAGUCGCCUCCAAGCUGAUGACUUUCUCCAAGACUACACACUCCUUGUUAAUGUCCUUCACAGUGAGGAGCUAGAGCGAGAUGUUGAAUUUGAAGUUGUUGGUGAGGCCCCAGACAAAGCUCCUCCCCCUCAGACAAACCAAGAGGAAGUUAACAGUAUUACCAAUGGCAACAAGGACUCUGCCCAGCCAUCCACCUCUUCAAAAGGACUAUCAAGGUCUUUGGGUCUUUUAAAUAUCGUACAGCCUCUCCAAGGCAACCCAACCAAGACUGAUCAGACCUCAGCCUGCUGUAGCAGCCAACCACCGAUAAGCCCUCUUUGACCAGAGCCAUCUAGACACUUGUGCCUUACCAUAAAAGCGCUCCAGAGUGACUGGCCUGCAAAGACCAGACAUCCAACCUCAACAGACCAGCUCUUUUGCUUCAGCCUUUUCUUUGGCAGCUUUCCCUCAACUCCUCAAACUUUAAAAUGGGUAACAGGUACACUGCUCCUGCAGCCUGGAAUCUGCUCCAGGAGACCUUAUGUCUUGGGUAUUUGAUCUCUUUAAUUUUUUUUAAAGGUAGAAUGAAGACAGUGGAGAAAGAUGCAUCAGGUUGUAGAAUCUGACUUUCAUCUGUGACCCAGGGUUUUUUUUUUUUUUUUCUGUUAUUGUGAUUAUUCCAUUUUUAUGUCUGUGUCUUUGUUAAUCGUUCGGCUGCCUGUCUUUGCCAGGAUACUCUUAUAAAUGAGAUUCAUAAUAUCGAUGGGGCUUUCCUGUUAAAAUACAUUUAAAUAAAUAAUUAUAAUAAAUCAAUUAUAGAAUUGGCUUUCCCAUGAUUUUUUUUCACAUAUAAUGUAUUAUCAGCUGUACCUAACACAUAUCUAUUAUAAAAACAGGACGCUGUGCUUUUUGAGCCUAUUUGAUCGCCCACUACCUCAAUCCAAAAUAUUUUAAAAUCAGAUGGUACCUAGUUGGGUUCCAAUUCUUGUGUGACAACAGAUACUCUAGAAUUUGAAAGUAUAUUAUAUACUGUCCUUGCUUCAAGUGUUCACAUUUCAAAAUGUCUCCCUUUCUGUACAAAAGUUCAAAAAUGUUUAUUUGUAGACAGUGCACAACCUUUAAGUGUUUUUGCUUCAACUUUUCUUGCCUUUGGCCUGGAUGUCAGAUUUCGACAAGCUCUUUAUUGGGAGGUAGCUUACUCAGGUGAAGUUGGGGGAUGUACAGCAACUAACCUCAACACAACUAUUUUUUAGAAUGGUAACUGUUUUACUUCACCUAUGUAGAACCAGGUUGAUAUGAAUAUUUGAUUUAAACUGACCUUUGAUUUUAAUUUGAUAAAAAUUCUGAUUUCAAUCUUUUGUUUAUUUUAAGGAAUAUUGUUUUGUAUUUGUAGAGACUGAAAUUUUUU